AUGCACCCUCUUGAUCUUGACUGGCGUCAACACUUGUCCAAGCUUUUUACAAUGCCGCAUUCUGAAGACACAAUUAGCCUCAAACAUCUUGGCAAGUUCGAUGAGCUUGUGAAAGCUCUUAAAGACGCUCUCGGUUCUUCGGGGCUGACCUGUGAUGAUAUCGACCUUGACUUGUUGAUGGAUCUCAUGAAGAAUUAUACCAGCGAUGAGAAAGAAUGGGGAGCUUUUGCAUUUGCCAAUCCCAGCAUGGCAUAUACCCGAAACCUCGUAGAUGAGGGUAACGGCAAGAGUAACUUGUUGGUCCUCGUCUGGACACCCGGAAAGGGAAGCCCCAUCCACAGUCAUAGCAACGCGCACUGCUUGAUGAAGAUCCUCAAAGGAAGCCUGACGGAGACACGCUACGACUUUCCUCAGGACUCCAACCGGGGAACCGACUCAGCCGCCUUGAAUGAUACCAAUGAUAGCAUGCAUGUGGCUUUGGAAUCAGUUUACACAGAGAACCAUGUGGCCUACAUGAGCGACGACCAGGGUGUGCACAAGAUGUGGAACAACAGCAAUGAUUUUGCUGUCUCGCUCCAUCUCUACACGCCGCCCAAUAUUGUCAAGAAUGGCUGCUACGUCUUUGACGCAGAGACUGGGGAGGGAACCCUUGUGAAAAACUGCGAGUACUAUUCCAUUCAUGGCCACCGAGAUACAGACGCGCUGGCCAGUGUAACAAAGAAACUGGCACCAUCUCUACUUUGA